CCGGACGAGGGCGCUGCCAGCCCGCCCUGAUCACACAUCAGUCCAAAAUCCGUAAGGCCACGCUGCAAACUCACGCCAGAUGCCGGCCCCAAAGCCUAAUUUGCAUCGACGGCGUGCACAUCUUCUGUGGAUGCUGCGCUGGUGACUCCUGAGCGCCAGCUGCCACCGUCAUCAACGUGCAGCGAUGCCGGCUGAGAGUCUCGUCUUUGGAUUGACGCGAUGCUUUGUGUCCACCGUGGCCCGAAUUGCUGAGAAAGUACCCACUUUUCAGUCCGGCCUUCUCUUUAUUGGCAAGGUCGUGUGCCCUGGCCUUUGUAUCAACCUCACCUCGCCCUCAUGUUUCGUUGAGCUUCUCAGAUCUCCUAAGUUCCUCGUUUCAUAUCGUUGCUCUCCCAUCUCCAGCUCUCUUAUCCGUCUCUUCUUCUAGCAUUCCUGCUGGUCUGAACACCUUAGCUAUUGGAUGGCGGGUCCUCAAACUUCAAUCCCGCUUGCUGCAAAUGUGCUUGGGCUUGUACCUCAGAUAUGGCGUAACUGGCGCACAAAGAAAACUGAUGGCCUUCCCGGCUUGAUGGUAAUGAUGUGGGCUUCUGCUUCGGUGCCGUUCGGUGUUUAUGCCAUCGUGCAGAACUUCAAUAUCCCACUUCAGAUUCAACCUCAGUGCUUUGGCUUCCUCUCGCUUGUUUGCUGGGGCCAGACCUUGGUCUAUCAUAGCGGUUGGAGAGUAUGGACCACCACGUUGACAGUGGGAGUGCUUGCUAUUAUCUUUGGUGGCCUCGAGGCCCUUUUCAUUUGUGUUCUUAGAGGUCCAUAUGCAAGAGGCGUUGCCUGGCCUCUCACCUUGAUGGCUAUUAUCGCCUCUAUAAUCCUUGCCCUAGGUCUCAUUCCGCCUUACUUCGAAUUAGCGAAGAGGAAAGGCCGGGUGAUUGGCAUUGAUUUCAUCUUCCUUACCGUAGACUGGUCAGGGGCCUUCUUCUCAUUGAUGGCUCUCGUUGCACAAAAUACCUUUGAUUAUCUCGGUGGUACGCUUUAUAUCAUUUGCCUCCUCUUAGAACUCGGUAUCUUCGUUUCUCAGCUUUCCUGGCUCUACCGAACCCGUCGCAUUCGGCGCUUGGCCAAGAAGGCGGGCAAGACGUAUGAUGAAUACGUGGCCGACGGAUCCAAUCCUAUUGAAACGAAGCGACCGGAGGCCGGAGAUACGAAACUUCAAAUUAACGAGCACGAAACUGAUUCACCAGAAUCUACUCACGAGACUCCAAAACGGCCUGAGAAUUGCAUAUCAAAAGAGCCAAAGGCUUCUACGGAUCUACGAGAUUUUAGUGCCGUGGAUCUAGAGAAUAGUCUCCAGCGGGUAGAGCAAUAACACCGAAAGGUUUGUCAUCAGAUCUAAACGGUGGGCCUAGACGGCCAUGACGUACGACUCUUAUAAUCAUGAAACAAAAGAGUCGACGUCUCCAGUCGAAAGCCUAAUCACUAGCUUCUUUCCAUAUUCUAUUUUGGUCCAAGCGAAGGUUCCCUAUGUCUGGAGGUUCUCUUUUUUUGGGGGCGCGGUGCAUUGCCAGGCCGCAUGCAAAAGCACAGCUUCUCUCGGUAUCUCCUACGAGUAUGGUUUAUCAAUGGUAAUGUGUUCGGAGGAGAUGCGAAAAAGAUGGAGUUCUACUGGUUAUUUUUUGGGGGUUUUUUUUUAAAAAAAAGGGCCUGAUGUGUAAGCGUGGAAGACCCUUC